GAGGAGGAUGGGGAUGAAGAAGAGGAGGAGGAGGAUGAUGAUGAUGAAGAGGAAACUACAUUACCUGUAUCACAAAUGACACUAUCCGAAAAUACUAUAUUGGGCAGUUAUAUUUUGAGAUGGUUGAAAAAAGAAAAGGAGAUUGAUCAACAUUUUGGACCAAGAAUCAAACCAUUUAGUGGAAAAUAUUUUUUGGGUAGCAAAGUAAUGACAUUCGACAAUGAUGGUAGUGAAAUAAUUCUAAGUAAUCCUAAAAGAGAUGAACAAACUAGAGAAUCUGGUGUUCGCAAGUUUACAGUAACACAAGGCCUUUGCGAGCUGAUUUUCAUGAAAAAUCCCUACAUAUUUCUAGUAACUGAAAAAUAUAAACACAUUUACAGACGAAUUCUUAUUUGGACUAAUGUUUAUAGAAAAGGUUAUCGUACCGAUGGGAAAAUUGCUAAUUACAAUCAAACAAAGUAUAAGUCAAUAAUAAAAAAAAUACUACAACUCGCCGAUGAAGCUACUCCAAAGAAACCAUCAACAACAACAACAGCUGAUGAUGAUGAUGAUGAUGAUGAUGAUGGCACUAACCUGCUGAAAAAACCAUUAUCACCAGCAGCAGCAGCUCUUACACCAUUGUUGCAAAAGAAAGUACAAGGUCGAGGAUUGAAAACUCUGUACAAUAUUGUUACAAACAGUGACAAUAAUGAUAAUACAUUCAUUGACUACAUUUACUGGAAUAACCCUAAUGAGUUGGUUGAUAGGCUCCACCUGCUUGAUGAAUCACACGCAGUUGGCAAUACUGGUCAUCAAAACGAAAUCAAUUCAAUUUUAGAAGAACUAAUAGAAAAUGGAUAUAUAGAGGGCAUUGCACCGGCACCAAUUUAAGUGAGGAGGAGGAGGAGGAGGUGGAGGAGGAGAAAAAAAAAAUGUGAUGGAAAGGGGUUUUACAAAAGAAAAGGACGCGAUUUGGUAGAAAUGUGUUCAGUUAGUUGGUGACUUUUAUGAUGAAAUGAGGUCUAGUGCUCCUCCUCAGUAUUAUCGUCAUUGUCGUAGCAACAACAUCAGAAGAAGAACAAGUAACCAACUGUUAACAGAAAUGGAUCCUGUUGGAAACAUUAAUAUCCGUGGCAGACGAGUUACUAAUGUUGGUAAUCCACAUAACAAUAGAGACGCUAUUAAUGUAAAUACGUGUAAACAGUUGAUUGAGCAAGCAAUUAAAGAAUUUACAUCUUCAUCAUCGUCACCAUCGCAAUUAACAGAAGAAGAGAUGAUUAAAUCACUGUUGAAUAGUGAAACACUAAUGGAAAGAGUGAGAGCAAUUACAGUGUCUGUGUUUGCAAUUAUUGCCGAUGCAAUUUCAAAGGAAUUGUCACACGAUACUUUACAUCAAGAGCUUAUAAAAGAAAGACUCAUUAGCAGAAUGCAAUAAAUACAGCACUUAUCGAUUGAAACAAACCAUUUGAUGGCUGUCUUUGGAAAGGGAAAGAUAUUGAGUACUUCAAGUGGGGGGAAAAGUCACUCAAAAAAAGGACAUGGAAUUCUGAGUGAUAUUUCUGGUGCAGUUGGAAGUGUUAUAAAUAAAUCCAUUGACUUAUUACCUGUGGAACUCUACAUACCAGGUAAAAAAAAAAUUCUCAAAAAGUAAACAGUAUAGUGCAAGAUAAGCUGGAGUCGAUCUAGAUAUAAUAAUAAUUAUGGCAAUAUGUUUUUUUUAAUUUUGUAGGCUACUCGUACUGCGGACCAGGGACAAAAUUAGCUAAAAGAUUAGCAAGAAACGACCCAGGUGUAAAUAAAUUGGACGAAGCUUGCAAGAAACACGAUAUUGCGUACACAACAAACAGUGAUAGAGCAAGCAGAGCAGUAGCUGAUUGAGAGUUGGCAGAGCGUGCUUGGAGCAGAGUAACAUCUUCAGACGCGGGUCUAUUGGAAAAAGCAGCAGCAUUAGCUGUAACCAAUAUAAUGAAAGCAAAAUCAACUUUUGGAGGCGGGAUGAGAAGGAGAAGAAGAAGAAAGGCAAACAGACCAACAAGUCUACACAGUUCGAUAAGGAGAAAACGGAUGAGGGGGAGGGUAGUGUCAGGUCGAGGAAUCUAUUUGAGACGUCAACUGCAGUUACAGCCAUACAUGGUGAGAGGAAGAGGAGGGGGGAGCAGCAGAAGGAAAGGAGGACGAAAAAAAUGUCAUCAUCAACAUUAAAAACCUCGAUAAUAGCCUUACCAGAUAGAGCACUUAGCAAAGCUGAUCUCUACAAGUAUGCUUGUAUUUUACAAUUGAAAAAUUUUCGUGGUGUCUUUAUGCGUAAUACAUUACCUCUUUGUGGUCCACUAAGUCAAGAGUGCAGGUGUAUAAAUCUCGAUAUACUAGGUAGACAAGGAACACAUUGGGUGUGCUAUGUGAAGAAGGACAAUGUUGUUCACUACUUUGACGCUUUUGGCAAUCUUAGACCACCACAUGAAUUUAUAGCCUACAUGCGUCGUGGACAAACACUGGCCACAACAAUAGAAUACAAUUUUGAACGUAAACAAGAGAAUGUUUACUCACACAUUUGUGGACACUUAUGUUUAAAAUUUCUUGUAGAUGAAAUAUAUGGCACUCAUUUUUUGUAAUCACAAUUUUAUGUAAGUUUGAAAAUGAAUAAAAAUAAGGUGUGUGUGUGUGUUUAACUUAUCUUCUCAGUUUUUCACAACUUACCUAUUCUUUAGAAUAAGAGAGAGAGAGAGACUAUCCUCACUCACUAUUGAGUGAGUCAACUUUGACAUAACAAGAUGCUUUGUUUUGGUGGUAACAAGCCAAUCUUGAUAAGCGAGUUUUAUCCACCAAUAGAUACUAGAGAUGAUGAGGAAGGCAACAAUGGAGGUUGGGAGCUAGGAUUGCUCAGUUUUACAUGCAAUAACUCAAUUCCAAAUGUUGAAAAUGGUUUCAACAAUAGGUUGGAAUUUUUGACAAAAAAGCCACAACAGAAACGAAGUAAUAGUACUACUACUACUACUGCUGAUCGAUUAGAACUUACACAUGACGAAAUUCUCGGUAUUGGCAUGGUGGAUAGUUAUUCGCUAUGGAAUCUACCUUCAAAAACAUCACCAUCCAUAGGUGGUGAGGAGAAGGAGAAGGAGAAGGAGGAGGGGGGAAAGAAGGAAAAAGUGACUAAGAAUAAAGAACAAGAUGAGAGUAGCACAGGAGGAGAACAAUGGCAAAGUAUAUUUCUUCCAGAAGGCAGUUUCGAAUUUCAAACAAUAAAAGAUUUAUUAGAGUCUAGAUUGAAAGAGCAUGGUGUUAAAUUGGAGCUUGCACUAGAUCCCUCGACAAUGAAAUGUUCUUUCAAAUGUGAUUGUCAAUUAAGAUUUUCGUCGGACGACUCAAUAGGUAAACUGUUGGGAGUUAAAAGUAAUAGAAUUAUAAAACCUAAUUUAGAAGCAAAGAGUGAUGAUGCAUUAAAAUUGGAUAGACCUAAUGUUGUACGUGUACUGUGUGAUAUUGUUCACGGUUCAUUCACAAACGGUGUACAGGACCAUGUUCUCUACGAGUUUUACCCUAUAAUCGAUCCUGGCUAUAAAAUAGCUAUCAUAGCAAACACUGUAGUCUAUUUGCCUGUGGACAGCAAACGCAUAAGUUCUAUCACAUUGCAAAUUGUAGAUGAAAGUGGACGACUAGUUAAUUUUCGUAACGAACAAAUCAAUAUUACUCUUCAUCUGAUAAAACAGCAAUAACAGAAAUGGUACUAUUGUUUGAUAAACGACUUGGUGGUAAUAGGCGAGGAAGAGAAAAAGAAGAUUCUACACGACUAUUGAAUUUGACAAAUAUUGGUAAUACAGGAUCGACUAACAAAAACAUCAUUUGUCUGCCAGACACUGCAGAGCUAACAUCUAAAAGUAUUAAUUAUCUACUAAAAAGAGGACUAUGCGUAAUUAGUACAAAAAGAACAAAGUGAAGAAGAAUAAAAAAUAAAAAAAAUGUCAAUUUUGGAUGUAAGGAGAAGCGGACCGUUUUCAGACGACAGCAUUACCUCUUAUGAUUUUCACACUCAUGCACCCUACAAUAGAAGUUUUGCAGCCAAUGACGAGAUCAAAUUAUGUCUUCAGCAACAGGAUAUUUAUACUCUCCCAUCAGAGAGUUAUCUUCACUUGGAAUUUACAGUUACCACAGCAGAUGGAAAGGCAAUAAAUACAGCAGCAUGUGUACCCGGAUUUUUCGCUUUUCUAUUUUCUGAAAUUUGCUAUGAAAUUAAUGGGACUGAGGUUGAUAGUACUUGAAGUCCAGGCAUAACUACACUUUUGAAAAAUGCCGUCACUUUUGAAAAAGAUGAACAGGAGAAAAUGGAGAAUUCCGGCUAUUAUUACGAUUCUACCAACAGAUUUAAACCAUUUUCGGUGAAUGGAACAGACACAAAUAUUCUCGAUGUACCACUACACUAUCUGUUGGGUUUUGCGGAAGACUAUAGAUGUAUUAUGCUGGAUGUCAAACAAGAAUUAGUGUUGAGACGAGCUGCCAACGAUAUUGAUUGUCUUAAUACCGAAGGUAAAAUUGACAUUAAACGCCUAGAGUGGAGGAUACCGUACAUUGAGGUUUCUGAUGAAGCUUUCUCUAUUGAAAAUGGUUAGAGAUGAUACACCUAUACAAAUGUCAUUCAGGCAUUGGGAACUUUAUGAGUAUCCAUCUGUACCAUCAAGCACAAAGCAUUCAUGGAACGUGAAAACUGCAUCACAUAUGGAAAAACCAAGGUAUAUUAGUAGUAUAAAAAGUGCGACUCUGACACACAAGUGUGCCAGAGUCGCCCUUCACCUCAAGGUCAUCCAGGUCAACCACCCCCAACCUCAAGGUCAUCCAGGUCAACCACCCCCAACCUCAAGGUCAUCGAGGUCAACCACACCCACCUCAAGGUCAUCU